AUGGAUGGGGCUUACCUUCAUGAUACAAGUCUUCACCAGCGCUGCGUUCACCACACACCUAAGAGAAUCAACAAUCCAAAGGAGACUCCGUGCAGACCAAGAGAGUCGUCGUCAGUGGUGGGUUUUGAUUGGUUUCUGACGGAGAAGACGAGAGAAGAUGGAGGAGACUCCAUGAGGACCGAGACAGUCGUUGUCCAUGGUGAUUUUGAUCGGGCUUCUGGCGGUGAAGACGACAGACACCAGAGGAGACGCUUCGACAGUUCUAGCAUUGGUUUUGUGGGGCAAGAAUAUUCUGACAUUGUGCUUGCUUGUCUAGAAUACCAUUUAGUUGCGAGUCUUGUGCUCUUCACUACAGAAAUGACGAAAGAGAACACUAGUCAUCACCAUGCAGAAGCAAAGAGAAAGAGACUCAUUUGGAUUUUGUGUGUAAGUGGAUUCUGCAUAUUGUCUUACGUUCUUGGCUCCUGGCAAACCAACACAGUCCCGUCUUCUUCCUCUGCGGUCUACAAAAGAAUGGGUUGUGAUGAAGCCAAGACGCAGACAAAACUUUCUUCCUCUGCACAUAAUGAUGAUGAGAAUCUCUCCUCUUCCUUGUCCUCCUCUUCAACUUCAGAACCAGUUGAGUUAGAUUUCGAAAGCCAUCACAAACUCGAGCUCAAGCAAAAGAACCAAACCAUAAAGUAUUUCGAACCAUGUGACAUGUCUCUCAGCGAGUACACUCCAUGUGAAGAUCGAGAGAGAGGAAGAAGAUUCGAUAGGAACAUGAUGAAGUACAGAGAGAGACAUUGUCCUUCAAAAAAUGAGCUUCUCUAUUGUCUGAUUCCUCCUCCACCAAACUACAAGAUUCCAUUCAAAUGGCCUCAGAGCAGAGACUAUGCUUGGUACGACAACAUCCCACACAAAGAGUUAAGUAUUGAGAAAGCUAUCCAGAAUUGGAUUCAAGUUGAAGGUGAACGGUUUAGAUUCCCUGGUGGUGGCACCGGGUUUCCACGUGGAGCUGAUGCUUACAUUGAUGACAUCUCUAGACUCAUCCCCCUUACUAAUGGAGCCAUAAGAACAGCUAUUGAUACAGGAUGUGGUGUUGCAAGCUUUGGUGCUUACUUGUUGAAGAGAGAUAUAUUGGCUAUGUCUUUUGCUCCAAGAGAUACUCAUGAAGCUCAGGUCCAGUUUGCGUUGGAACGUGGAGUUCCUGCGAUUAUAGGGAUAAUGGGAUCAAUAAGGCUUCCUUACCCAGCCCGAGCUUUCGAUCUUGCUCAUUGUUCUCGUUGUUUGAUUCCUUGGUUUCAGAACGAUGGUUUGUACUUAACUGAAGUGGACCGGGUUUUAAGACCGGGUGGUUAUUGGAUCCUCUCCGGCCCACCGAUCAACUGGAAGCAACACUGGAAAGGCUGGGAAAGAUCACAAGAGGAUUUGAAACAAGAGCAAGAUUCAAUAGAAAAUGCAGCAAGGAGUCUUUGUUGGAAGAAAGUUACAGAGAAGGGUGAUUUUUCAAUUUGGCAAAAGCCAAUUAAUCACAUUGAGUGUAAGAAACUCAAACGAGUUCAUAAAUCUCCUCCCGUAUACACCAAAGCAGUUCAACCUGAUUCCGCUUGGUAUAAAGAAUUGGAAUCUUGUGUAACUCCUUUGCCAGAGGCAAAAAGUCCAGAUGAAUUCGCUGGAGGUGCAUUGGAUGAUUGGCCGGACCGAGCAUUUGCGGUCCCGCCUAGGAUUAUCCAGGGAACUAUACCGGAGAUCAAUGCUGAAAAAUUCAGAAAUGACAAUGAGGUUUGGAAGGAGAGAGUAGCAUACUACACACAGAUAAUGCCAGAGCUAUCAAGGGGAAGGUUCAGGAACAUUAUGGACAUGAAUGCAUACCUCGGUGGGUUCGCUGCAGCAAUUGUGAAAUAUCCUUCCUGGGUUAUGAAUGUGGUUCCCGUAGACGCAGAGAAGCAAACGUUAGGUGUGAUUUAUGAGAGGGGAUUUAUAGGAACGUAUCAAGACUGGUGUGAAGGAUUCUCUACGUAUCCAAGAACUUAUGAUCUUAUUCACGCUGGUGGAUUGUUCAGCAUUUAUGAAAACAGGUGUGAUGUGACGUUGAUACUACUUGAGAUGGAUAGAAUACUGAGACCAGAAGGAACUGUGGUGUUUAGGGACACUGUAGAAAUGUUAACGAAGAUACAAAGCAUAACCAGUGGAAUGAAGUGGACAAGUCGAAUUAUGGAUCACGAGAAAGGUCCUUUUAUCCCUGAGAAGAUCCUUCUCGCAGUAAAAUCCUACUGGACCGGUCCUUCUUCUUAAGCUAGUUUCAGUUUCCUUUUAGACUUUUUACUUUGAUCUUCUUCACCCUUUGAUUCUUUCUCAUCUCUGCCAUUAUUUAAUUUAAUUUUUUAAGACUACUAUGAUAUUUGGGAAAUUAUAGAGACAACAUUAGAGAGAGUUUUUCAUACUUUUAUUUCAUACAAGGGAAAUAGC